UCACUAUUCGAUAUUUACAAUAUUGUGACAGGGGAGGCGGAUAAAGAGCAUGACAAAGAAAAUAGACCGAAAAAGAAGAUAUCAAAAAACCAACUUAAACGAGAAGCUAGACACAAAGCUCUUUAUGAAUCCUUUGAGAACCGGUUCAAUGCCUUUUAUUUACAACAAUAUGACGAUGAAAGGUGGACAAAAUUAUAUGACGCUAUAAAACAGCCAGCAAGACAUUGUGCCAUGAUUAACAAAUACACAGAUCAAACAAACAUAUCGGAAAUGCUUGAAUCAAGAUUUGGAUUAGAAAGAUUAACGUAUUUGGAUGUUCCAUGUUAUUCGUUUCCAAAUCGAUUUCCACAACCAAAGGGGGACUCGAAAAAUAUAUUUGAUUUUUAUCUUCUUGAUGCAGCUUCAGUUUUGGCAACUCAAGCUUUGGACUUGAAACCAGAUGAUACGGUGCUUGAUACUUGUGCUGCACCAGGUGGUAAAUCUUUGGCAAUUCUUCAAAGAUUAUCCGCAAAGGGUCACUUGACAGCUAAUGAGCCAUCUUUUGAUCGUCGACGUAGACUCAACAGAGUCAUUUCUGAUUAUAUUCCAUUACAAUUACGAUCUCGUAUUAAUGUGGUUCGCGAGUAUCCAAAAGAGAACUAUCUAUAUGAUAAAGUAUUGGUGGAUGUUCCAUGUUCCGCGGAACGACAUUUACUCGCCAGCGAAACAGAAUUCGAACAUUGGAAUGAAAAUAGAUCUAAAAAACUCGCCAAAAAACAAUUUAUUAUUCUUUGUGAUGCGGUAAAAUCAUUGAAGGUUAAUGGAUUACUUGUUUAUAUAACAUGUUCGAUUAGUCAAUUCGAGAACGAUGAUUUAACAGAAAGAUUUUUGCGUGAGAGUUGGGUUCCAUUAGAGUUGAUACAAAAGGAAUGGCCUGUCGGUGAAAAAACAAAAUUUGGGUGGAUUGUUUUACCGGAUAGGAAUGAUGGAUGGGGACCAAUGUAUUUUUCAAUUAUGAAAAGAAUUGGUGCAUGGAAUGAUGGUAUUAAAACUUUGCGAGGUCGUGGAAAGGAACAAUGA